AUGGUCACCAAAGCUAAUGGAGGAGCACCACUUGAUACUGCAGAAUUAUACUCAUUUGAAGAUCUUACAAUUGGCACAAAUGAUCAAAUUCAAGCACUAGCGAAACAAACACCAACGAUUCUCCCCAACCAGCAAGCGGAUAAAGACUAUGCUAAAACGCUUGAUGCAUUGAGAUCCACAUAUCCUUACAUUUUCGUUGUUAAUUGGCUUUACAAUUAUCGGGGCUUUUUGAAAUUACAAUCUGAGGCAUUCGAUGUUGAUAUUUUCGAGAUGGAGCUAUUGAACUAUUUCCCACAAGAAGAGAAUCACCACGGUAAUGAAGCCAUGAAACAAGGGCAUGUUUUAUUUAUAAAUCGGUUGAAAGUGGCUUUGAUCUCAAAUAUACAAAACAGUAAGAUGUCGCUGGUUAAUAAUUUUGAAGCCAUUUUUAGAUUAUGGUUUGGUGUAAAUACGCCACUUGGUGGGAUAGAAAUUGAUGACGACGACAACGAAGAAGAAGAAGAAGAAGAAGAAAAAGAAGAAAAAGAAAAAAAGGAAAUUGAGGUUGUCACAAACGAUUCAGAAUUACCCAGGUUUGAUUAUUUGUUAAUCAAGGAUAAAUUUGAAAUUUUGUAUAUUUUAAUCUCCUACAUUGCUAAAAGCCCAAAAUUCCGCGAUUGGCUAAGCAAACAAUCUUCCGGACCUGAGCUAUCAAGAAUUGACCCCGUAUUCACACAACAGGUUCGGGAGUCAACAAGAGAAGAGUAUUAUCUACUUUGUGAUGACACGAGAUUGUAUAAACGAACAAUUACAUUCAAUCCUCUCGUGAUACCGAAAAAACGCAAACUUUCUCCAGAACACCCACAAGACUAUUAUAAACCAUCGUCAUUUGAUAUAAGCGACAAAGUCACAUUCGAAAUCCAGUACAAAAAUAUCUAUGAAUUUAACAAUUAUAUUCAUCAACUCAAACGACAGCGUAAUCUCAAAACACUUUAUAGCAAGCUCACUCGUACCUCGACCAUUGAAUCGAUGUUUGAUUCAGAGUUGAAAAAGAGAAGAUAUUUGUCAAAUAAAAAGAAGGAAGCUCAACUUGCUAGCCUUCUUGCUGUGCGUAAAAGAUCUUCGAGAUUAGAAGCCAAACAACGUCAACGUACAGAGGAAGAAGCUCGUCAACGUGCAAUCGAACAAGAGGAGUUGAAACUUGCCGCACAAGCACGUUUGGAAAGGAGACAGAAACUCAAACAGAGAGACGUUGAUAUACUUGGCGGAUCCUCUACAGGUAUGACUAGAGAUGAACGAUUAAAAAGGAGAAAUGAAAUAUUAUAUAAUCGACAUCUCAACGUUACGCCCACGCCCACGCCCACGCCCACGCCUCCUACUCCUGUAUCUAAUUCAGUGCAAGAAAGUCCCAUUGCUGACGAGUCGAAUAAUUAUGAGAGUGGCGGUAGUGAACAUUCAUUUAAUUACGAGAUAAAUAAUGGAAACGGUAAUGGUAACGGUAAUGAUAACGGCAACGGUGAAAGUUUGCACGAAAAUGCUAUGGAAGUAGUACAUAAUAAUACAGUUAGUGCUGAACAAGAUUCAAAUGAAAUUCAAAAAAUUGCUGAAUUGAAAAGCAAACACGGACUGGUUGAUGAGAUUGACGAAAAUUAA